AUGCAAAAAGCAACAGCGAAAGCGGAGCAAGAAUACCUGAAGAACGUGGACCUGAGCGUUCGGCUGAAUCGCUGGAUACUGAAACCGAUAGCCGCGUGGCCAGAAUCGAGCACCGUUUCGCCGAUCAAGAAAUACCUUGGGUGGUUCGUUCACAUCAUCUGCUAUUCCCUGCUCAGUUUCCUCUUCGUCCCCUGCUUGACCUUCCUGAUCCUCGAGGUGAACGACACCUACAACAGGAUCAAGCUGAUCGGCCCUCUCAGCUUUUUCCUCAUGUCGUACUUGAAGUACUAUCUCAUGCUGCUGCACAAGAACGACAUCCUGAAGUGCGUGCAGCAGGUCCAGAGGGACUGGGCGAACGCCAGACACCUAAACGACAGAAAUAUCAUGGGAAUGAACGCGAAUUAUGGAAGAAAAUUAGUAGUCGUCUCAGCGUUCUUCAUGUACAGUUCUUACAUUUUCUUCUACAUCGCUGUACCAAUCACCGUGGGGAGGAUCCCGGCGCAGGACGGGAACUUCACCUUCAUCUUCUUGCCGUUUCCUUCCUCGAUGCGGAUCACCGACUACCGACAGAGCCCCGUCAACGAAAUCUUCUACUUCCUUCAGUGUCUGGCAGGCGUUGUGCUGCAUAUCAUCACGGUCGGAGCUUGUAGCUUGGCGGCGACAUUCGCAGUGCAUGCGUGUGGACAGAUGCAGAUCUUGAUGAACUGGUUGGGCUACCUCGUGAACGGACGGGCGGAUAUGAGCAAGAGUCUGGACGGCAGGAUUGCCAGUAUCGUGGAACAACAUGUUCGAAUACUCAAGUUCUUAGAUCUUACAGAAAAAACACUUCGAUACAUAGCUCUAGUGGAGUUUCUGGGGUGUACAACGGUGUUGUGUUUGCUUAGUUAUUACGUUCUCGUGGAAUGGAGCACGAACGACAGGAUAAGCUCUGCGACUUACGCCGUUCUUUUUGUGUCUUUCACCUUCAAUAUAUUCAUAUAUUGUUACAUAGGAGAACUUGUUGCCGAGGGGUGUAGACAAAUUGCUGAGAUAUCGUACAUGAUUGACUGGUAUCGAUUACUGGGCAAGAGGAAACUCAGCAUAAUUUUGAUCAUGCAAAUGUCUCAUUCGACAAUUAAACUGACAGCAGGGAACAUCGUGAUAUUAUCUUACAGCAAGUUCGGCGAUGUCGUUAAAAGUGCGUUCGCCUUUCUGAAUGUACUACGAACGGUCACUUGA